UGUUUUUCUAACAAAGUGGCCAGUGUGUGUAAGCUUACACAGACAAAAUACACAGAAAUACACAGAAAAUCAAGCACAAGUUGCUGGUAGUAGAUGUUUAGUUUCAGAACAGAACAGGCUGUUUGGUUGGGGGCGUGGUCAUACUGAGUUCACGUUGGUCUCAUGGUCCUCCGAGUUCUCGCGAUACGCAAUGGGAACGUCCGAACUAUGGCAGUUGAAAACAAAAAUGCCGAUAAUGAUUUCACUACGAUACAUAGCAGAGACAGUCUGGCGAACGACUCGCUGCAGGACAGCUUUCAGACACGAAUAUUUAAGAUAAUAGUCAUUGGUGAUUCAAACGUUGGGAAGACGUGUCUGAGCUAUCGGUUCUGUGGAGGUAAAUUCCUUAAAAACCCAGAAGCAACAAUAGGAGUGGACUUCAGGGAGAGGACUGUUCAGCUAGAUGGAGAAAAUAUAAAGUUGCAGAUCUGGGACACAGCAGGGCAGGAGAGAUUUCGAAAGAGUAUGGUGGAACACUACUACCGCAAUGUCCAUGCUGUCAUCUUUGUGUAUGAUGUGACCAAUCUCGCUUCCUUUGAGAGUCUGCCAGAGUGGAUUGAAGAAUGCAGCCACCAUGCCGUCCCUCCUGUGGUGCCCCGUAUCUUGGUGGGGAACAAAUGUGACCUAGGAAGAGGAGAGGUUCCCACCUCGUUGGCGCAGCGUCUAGCUGACAGCUACAAUUUCCCCCUUUUCGAGACAUCUGCUAAGGACCCUGCUGAGAAAGAGCAUGUGGAUGCCAUCUUUCUCACCUUGGCCUACAAGCUAAAGAAUCACAAGCCCCUGAGACUGAAACAGCCAAGUGAAGGUGUUGCAAUGAAUUCAGAUAGUGAGAAGGAGGAGUCCUGUUUCUGCUGAGCUAAUGUGGCCUAAAUACUUAUGAAUCACUAAGUAACUGAGAAGACACUAAAGAUGGCAUUAAUUUCAAAUGUUCAAAAGCAUGGGGAAUAUUGCUGAUCAGAAGGACUGCACAUAUCCUUUGUGUUUUCAUUUUCAUUCACUCUCUAAGGCCAGUUUAAAUGUUUACAUAAAACAGAAUGAUUUUGAAAUCAAAUACUAUACUUAGUUUUAGGAGUUAAAAAGGAACCAGCUGAGAGUGUUGAUUGGAUCAUUUGAUCACUUACUGUAAAUAGUUUAAAUUCAUUCAUAUCAAAUACUCCAGACUCAUACAGUAUUCAUACAAGAUAUGUAUGUGUCAUACAUUUCUUACAUGGUUAUACUAUAUAAUUUCAAAAGAACACAGGAGACAAGCUAAACGGUCUGGCAGCAGUUGCAUGUUUACAGCCAAUUUGGAACACUUGCUCUAUUUGCACAGGCUUAGUAUUGUAUACGGCCUCAAAUGUCUGAUGUGAACAAGAAUUGGAUAAAAUGUGAUUUACAAUAAUUAUCAGUUGCUGAGAAAAGCAUGAGUGUUGCUAUUGAUCAAUAUAAACAACACUGUCGUAUGUUUUAAACUGUUUAUCAAAUUCAGUUUAAGUAAAAUAAUGAGGGAUGUUUAUAACAAGGCACUUUAUUAUGAGCAUGGAAACAAAAUAUGUAGCAUCCUCCCACUCAGCUUGUAGAGGAUUGAUACUUCUUAGUAUUGAGUGUGUGAUGUUGGAGCCAUUUUUAAUACAGCAAAACAACAAAAUCCAUUAAGAUACCGUUCCUGUAAAUGUGAAUGUGGACCAUACUGGUGGAAGACAAUAGCUUGUAUUGAUGAUGCAUUUUGUCUGUCACUUUUCUGGAAGUCCUUGGAAUUUAACACUCCCUUAUGUUCAAUAAUGGUAAAGAAUGUGUCAUAAAUGUGUAUGUGACUGAUGAAAUGUCAAAAUAAACAUGGACAUGAUUCAUUA